AUGAGGAUGUGUAUUGAUUAUCGGCAAUUGAACAAGGUGACGAUAAAGAACAAGUAUCCACUGCCGAGGAUUGAUGAUUUGUUUGACCAACUUCAGGGCGCAACAGUGUUUUCAAAGAUAGACUUGAGAUCUGGCUACCACCAGCUGAGGAUUAGGGCAUCCGAUGUCCCUAAGACAGCAUUCCGCACUCGGUACGGGCAUUAUGAGUUCCUGGUCAUGUCGUUUGGGUUGACCAAUGCCCCAGCAGCAUUCAUGGAGUUGAUGAACCGAGUGUUCAGGCCGUAUUUGGACAUGUUCGUGAUAGUCUUUAUUGAUGAUAUUCUGGUGUACUCCCGCAGCCAGGAGGAGCACGAGCAGCACCUCAGAGUGGUUCUUCAGACUUUGAAAGAUAGUCAGUUGUAUGCGAAGUUCUCGAAGUGCGAGUUCUGGUUGAGUUCGGUUGCAUUUCUGGGUCAUAAGCCUGUGAGAGAAGCACCUCUCUGCUUGAAUGGUUGA